CUUCUCAUUCUGAGUUCCUGUUUAGUCACAGUAAAGCGCAGCAGAAGUGCUAAAAACUCCUGCUCCUGUUGUUGUAGCCGUUUGUUCAGCGUGUCUAUAGGCUGAUUUCACCUGAUGCUGAAGCAUGUGCUAACAUUUCAGCCUCUUUUCAUCAGAAGUGCUGGAUUACACGGCAAGGACAUCGGUUCUGUCUCACUGCGCACUCUGAUAAAAGGCAAAGACAUCAUGGGGAGAGGCUAACAACACCAGUUCCAGUGAAGAUGCAGCACACAUCGUGCACAGAGGACCGGAUCCAGCAUGCUCUGGACAGAUGCCUCGAUGGACUCCGGCCAUCGGAAAACCUGUCACAGUCUUGGAGCGCGGGCUGGUGUAUGAACCGCUGGAGUCUAGAAGAGCUGAUUAAAAGAGACCCCGAUAAUUUUCUCAUUCUGCUGCAGCAAAUUCUCAGAAAAGCCAGAGAGGUUCAGCAGGAGUGUCAUUAUGAGCUUGUGGCCCCUUUGGCUCUCAUGUUUGAGUCCACACUACUGCAGAUGCCUCUUUGUCCAUCCAGUGAAAAGGUUCUGACAGAGGCAUGUGAAGUGUUUCAUGGCUUUCUAGCAUGGCCUGAGCCCUACUGUAGUGUGUGUCGUAACCUGCUCUCCACACUGCAUCAAGAGCUUCGAGCUCCAGGGAUUUCGUACCACAGACUGGUAAGAGAGGAACAAGGCCUUGCCACCUCCAGUCAGCGUUCUAAGAUCAUUACGGUGUUCUUGAUGAACCCCACCGAGGUGCCCCCUGAGUUCCUGUCUGUGGCGGAGCAGCUCAGUUCCAUAGAGGUUUCACAGAGAGAGAGCUGUGUUACGCUCAUUAAACACAGCUAUCAGUCAGUGCUCGGUACAAAAUACCCACUACACACCAUCAACAGUGCUCUACAGUGCCUUAGCGAUGAUGAGUUGGCACAGAUCAUGUCCUCAGUGAGUGACCUAUUAGAGUCUGCAGCAGCCAUGGUGGAUAUCGCUAAAGCUCGAAAGCAUGUUGAGGGUGGCCUGGAGGUAUUGCGAGAAAAACUUGGCAUACCAUCCUCCAAUGGGAAAAUGUCAGAUGGGGUUCUUCAGACGCUCGGCCUUCCAGCAGCAAAAUGCUACACCUUCCAUUGGGACAAGGAUAAUUUUGAUGUUCUAAAUGACAUUCUAGACAUUGAGUCUGAAUUGACAUUAUCUCAAACGUCUGAGAGCAUGGAGGAAGAUGAUGUGGACAAUGUUGAUGUGGAAGAUGAUGAAUAUGAUGACUUGGAAGAUGUUUGCACUGACUAUCGGGCCUCUACGUUCUCCACUGUCUCCUCUCUCUCCACGGCCUCUAAAGACUCCAUGUUCUCCACACUGUCAGUUGCUUCUUCAGAAUGUUCUCCCCUGUCAACGCUCUCAUCUUCAUCUCAAGCUUCGGGGACAGACAGUGACUUCUGUGAGGAUUUAGAGGAUGACAGUUCAAGCACAGUAUCCCCGUCUAAGACCAAAAACAGUGGCCGACUUUCAAAGCGCAUCUCACGAUUCUUUAAACCUCGCAGCAGCAACUCUCUCUGUCGAGCCAAGAGCCUUGGCAGCCCGGAGGCUAAAGAAUUAGUGGUGGCAGUCCGCUCUAAGAGAUCCAAUUCUCUACCCCAGCAGGUUCAUCUACGUAGCUCUGACUUCGGGUUCCCAGUAAUACCCCUAUCUCAGCUCCAAUAUGUUUGCUACAGAAGGAGACCUAUUCUGAGUACAGAUGACGAAGAAGGGCCAACAGGGGCCACUUUGCUUAGAGUGGUGGUGUUUGGGGCAGAUCAUGUGGCAGGGAGGCUCGCCCGAGCCUAUAGUAGUCUGAGGAAAAGAGAAAGAGACUGUCCACACCUGACCAAAGCUUUCAGGAUGAAGUUUUUCUUUGUACCUGUGAGGAGGGAUACAGCCCCAGUCAACUCGAGGAGGUCCUCUCUGCAGCUCUCAGCAAGUCCACUGAAAACAGCCAUCUCAACCACAGUAAGUGAAAGUAUGACAUUUAAAGGUGAUCUCUGUGUGAACAGGAUGGAGGACAGCACUAAUGACAUUGCGAAUCUGCUGGGAAUGCUGGAUCCCUGGUAUGAGCGUAACACUCUAAGCCUUAUGGAACUUCCCGUCAAUGUGGUGUGCCAGCAAACAUCAAAGAUUGAUUCAGACUUGUCUGAGGGCACUGGUGAGGAACGUUUACCAAUAUUUGCAGACCUGGUGCUCUAUUACUGCCGCCAUGCUGCCCGUCCUGCACUCAUUCAGCUCUAUCAAGCAGAGUUCACACUAGCUGGAGGAGUAAGACGGACUGAAGUAUUUAUUCACUCUCUGGAACUGGGCCACACAGCUGGUACAAGAGCAAUCAAGGCCAUGGGAGCUGCAAGUAAGAGAUUUGGCAUUGAUGGAGAUCGUGAGGCUGUUCCUUUGUCGCUGGAAAUAACGUAUAACAGAAUACAUAUCAGUGGCAGAAGUCAGAAGACAAGGACAGAGAAGUCCUGUACCUCUAUAAACCUGCAAAAAGCCUGUAGGAAUUCAGAGGAACUAGAUUCUAAAAUGGAGUGUCUUCGUUUGACAAUGACCGAAGUGUUGAAGAGACAAAACUCUAAAUCAAAGAAAGGCUACAAUCAGCAACUGACUACCACAGAGGUAAAAGUGGAUAAGGUUCAGGUUAGUGGAACUUGCAACACCACCUUCGCAGUUUGUCUGGACCAAGAUGAGAAGAAAAUUUUACAGAGUGUGAUGAGGUGUGAGGUGUCAGUGUGUUAUAAGCCGGACAGUUCAACUGACUGGACGAGAGGAAGAGUGUUUUCAUCACAGACGCAGCUUCUUCAGCCCACAUUCUGCUCUCUGCUGUGUCUCCCUGUGGCCACUUUUAGCGGACCUCAACCCUGAACCUCCAGCCUGACAGAAGCCUCAAGUCUGGUUUAAAGGCCCAUCACAAUCAGCUUUCCACUUUUGAUAACAUUCUGCACAAGGAUGAUGGAUGAAAAUAUGGAUAUUUUGUCAUCACAAUUUUUGGAUUAUUGGACCAGAAGUAACUCUUUUGCCUACUGUUCGGUACACCUACUGAAUAUAAUCUGGUGGAUACACGUUUGUUGACUUUUGAAUAACAUCAGGUUAUGAGUCAUCCUUGAAAGUUUUGGUACUUCUGAAUGGGAUGUUAAUACAGGAUUGAUUUGUAACUGGGGCUGUUAUGCAUCCAACUGUAACCAGAAUACUUAUUAAUGCACAUAUUACCCAGCAUCUGAAUAAGCACAAUUAAAUAGAUUGUUUGUGUAUAUGAUGUAAUUAUUUUAUGUAGCUUUAAUCAAAAUUCUCAGGAAAUACAUGUAAUGUUUUGCAAUAUUUUUUAUUAUUUAAACUUGUUUCUGUCAUGGAUUCAGUUGUGGAUCCUAAAAAAUUAGAGAUUAUUAUUGUAUAUAUAGUUGUAUGUCUUUUUUCCCUUGACUUUAUAUCAUUCUGAAUCUUGCCUUUCUCAAUACCUCUUGUUGUAGUUGGACUGGUUGGCCAACAGAGGGCCUCCUUAACCAGUCGUAGAGCUGGCAGUAUAAAAAAAAUACAAGACCGCUCCGUCAGUACACUGUAAUACAGGUGCAGUUUGUAUGUGAAACAAACUGAAACCUUUCUUUCUUUCUUUCCUUUUUUCUUUCCUUCUUUUUUUCUUUCUUUCUUUCUUUCUUUCUUUCUUUCAAAAUAUAUGUGCGUGUCAUUUCUUUAAAAUGAUCAGAAUAACUGUCAAAAGCAAUCAUUUUCCUUUCUGAUUGUUUAAUAAACACUUAAAACUGUAUAUUUUAGUAAAAGAUAUGUACAUAUGUAGGUGUUUUUAAUAAAAAAAAAAAUAACAUUUGAGCAAAUCGAGAGGAUUUCUCUAGCUGGCAGUCCAGACUGUUGUUGUUGUCAUUUUUUAUAGAAACAUUCCACGUAUCCUUUUACUACAUUUUGUUGUGACAACAUUUUAGAAAGUGUGUUGUAGGUACAGAUCUGCGCUACUAAAAUGUUAUUCAUGACUGUUCAAAAUUAACAACUAUCAACAAAAUGCCUUAUUGUUGUUGUUGUUUUGUGAUUCUGUCAUCAUGGAGAAUUAAAUGGUACUUUUAAUGUGACUUCAUUCAUAUUCAUAAGGUGCAGUCUUUGUCUUUAUCUAUUUGUAUAUUGUAACACGUCAAAUUAAAUAAAAUCACUUUCAACAUAUUCAC